AUGCAUUCCAUUCUUCGAAGAAGAUGCAUUGGGCACAUUGCAAAGCUCCAGUCUCGGCAUUACGCUACUCCUUCGGCCAUAUCACCAAGACAUCUCCUCUCCAUUGCAGACCUUACCCCGGCAGAGUUCACCGCUCUAGUCCGAAAUGGCCUGUCUCAUAAACAGGCAAUCAAAUCUGGAUCUACUCCGGAGACUCUCAGAGGCGCAUUGUCUGGCCAGACAGUUGCCAUGGUCUUCCACAAGCGAAGCACGCGAACCAGAGUUUCUACGGAAGGAGCGGUGACACGCAUGGGUGGUCAUCCGAUGUUUCUUGGGAAAGACGAUAUCCAAUUAGGUGUUAAUGAAUCUCUUUACGACACUUCGGUUGUUCUCUCCUCCAUGGUAUCAUGCAUUGUUGCCCGUGUUGGGCCACACUCCGACGUGGCCAACCUUGCCAAGCACUCGACCGUUCCGGUGAUAAAUGCUCUGUGUGACACGUUCCAUCCCCUACAAACCAUAGCCGAUUUCAUCACGAUAAAAGAAACCUUUGCACCUCAAUCUAUCUCAAGUCAGAGUGCAUCGUCUUCCCUGGGGCUGGAAGGGUUGAAGAUAGCCUGGGUUGGCGAUGCAAACAACGUGCUGUUUGACCUUGCCAUUGGAGCAACUAAAAUGGGAGUAGAUGUCGCUGUUGCCACUCCCAAAGGUUACGAGAUACCCACUCAUAUUGUUGACCUUGUUAAGAGUGCGGAAGAGGGUACCCGAAGCCCCGGUACACUGACACAGACCUGUUCCCCUGAAGAGGCGGUCAAGAAAGCAGAUGUGAUUGUAACUGAUACUUGGGUAUCCAUGGGGCAAGAGGAAGAGAAACUACAGCGCUUGAGGGCGUUUGAAGGGUUCCAAGUUACUACCGAGCUCGCAAAACGCGGAGGGGCUAAUGAAGGCUGGCGUUUCAUGCACUGCCUCCCCCGGCACCCUGAGGAAGUCAGCGAUGAGGUGUUUUAUGGAGAACGAUCUCUGGUGUUCCCGGAAGCUGAGAACAGACUCUGGGCUGCGAUAUCGGCUAUUCAGGCCUUCGUGGUGCAGAAGGGGCAAAUUGUCUGA